ACCACACAACCACACACACAUCUGCACCUCAGCCACAUCCUACCCUUGCUGAACUGGCUCCUGGGGCCAUGAGGCUGUCACUACCACUGCUGCUGCUGCUGCUGGGAGCCUGGGCCAUCCCAGGGGGCCUCGGGGACAGGGCCCCACUCACAGCCACAGCCCCACAACUGGACGAUGAGGAGAUGUACUCAGCCCAUAUGCCCGCUCACCUGCGUUGUGAUGCCUGCAGAGCUGUGGCUUACCAGAUGUGGCAAAAUCUGGCAAAAGCAGAGACCAAACUUCAUACCCCAAACUUUGGGGGGCGGCGGGAGCUGAGCGAGUCGGUCUACACGGAUGUCCUGGACCGGAGCUGCUCCCGGAACUGGCAGGACUAUGGAGUUCGAGAAGUGGACCAAGUGAAACGUCUCACAGGCCCAGGACUUAGCGAGGGGCCAGAGCCAAGCAUCAGCGUGAUGGUCACAGGAGGCCCCUGGCCUACCAGGCUCUCCAGGACAUGUUUGCACUACUUGGGGGAGUUUGGAGAAGACCAGAUCUAUGAAGCCCACCAACAAGGCCAAGGGGCUCUGGAGUCAUUGCUGUGUGGGGGACCACAAGGGGCCUGCUCAGAGAAAGUGUCAGCCACAAGAGAAGAGCUCUAGUCCUGGACUCUACCCUCCUCUGAAAGAAGCUGGGGCUUGCUCUGAGGGUCUCCACUCCCGUCUGCAGGCAGCCAGGGGGGCAGGAAGACCUUGCUCUGUGCUGCCAUCCUGCCUCCCUCCUCCAGCCUCAGGUCCCUGGGGCCUGGGUGGGAGCCAAGGCCUUCCCCUCUGGACUCAAAUAAAACCCAGUGACCUCA